UGAGCCCACAAUGGCUGACAUAGUUGUGACAAUGGAGACGGAGUCCUCUGUUGGCAAAGAUAUCGAGGCGUCUGGCGACAGCACCGAAACAACUGAUGCUCAGCAGGCAGGGGCGAUGGAGGAAGAAUCUGUCCGCCAUCUUGGCGGAGUGGAGCUCCAGUGUGGGAUCUGCGUCAAAUGGUUCUCAGCAGACACAUUUGGGCUGGACACAACACUGACUGGAGAAGAUGCAAGAAAGAUUCACAAGAAUGGUAGCAGAAGUGAGGGGUCCGACUUAACAGAGAACACUGAACAACCUUCUCCUAUCUCUCCUCUCCAGAAAAGAGAAGAUCGAGGAGUGACUUGAUAGAGGUCUUUGAAAUAUGGAAAGGAUUUGCUAAGCUCAUGCCUUCCGUUCAUGACCAACUACAUAUUUCAUUGCAACAUGUGUCACCAUAGUGGGAAUACCUACUUCCUCCGAAAACAAGCAAAUUUGAAGGAAAUGUGCCUGACAGGCCUUGCGAAUCUGACCUGGCGUUCUCGGACUCAGGAUGAACAUCCCAAAACCAUGUUUUCAAAGGAUAAGGAUAUUAUACCUUUCAUUGACAAAUACUGGGAAUGUUUGACUACCCGACAGCGACCUAGCAAAAUCACUUGGCCAAACAACAUUGUGAAGACGAUGACCAAAGAGCGGGAUGUGUUCCUGGUGAAGGAGAACCCAGAUCCUGGUAGCAAGGACCCACAGGAAGAGUACCCUAAGUUUGGGCUGCUAGACCAGGAUCUUUCUAACAUUGGUCCGGCCUACGACACACAGAAACAAGGCGGCUCCUUGACCCCAGGAAGCAACCUCAAUGGUGGACCUUCAUUUGCAGGGCGUCUCAGUGGUGCGGCAUGCAGUGACGGGACUGGGGGUCGGGCCCGUGACUCCACGCAAGGUGGCACCGUUGGAGGGAGUGGGAAAGGAAGAGGAGCAAAACGUAAACAGGACGGCACUUCAGGAGGGACUGCGAAGAGGACCCGAAGUGACCCGCUGUUCGCUGCUCAACGUCUGCCCCCACAUGGCUAUCCCCUGGAACAUCCGUUCAACAAGGAUGGUUAUCGGUAUAUCCUGGCUGAACCUGAUCCCCAUGCUCCGGACCCAGAGAAACUGGAGCUGGACUGCUGGGCUGGUAAACCCAUCCCCGGGGACCUCUACAGGGCUUGCCUGUAUGAAAAGGUUCUUCUGGCACUGCAUGAUCGAGCCCCUCAGCUGAAGAUAUCCGAUGACCGGCUGACAGUGACAGGAGAAAAAGGCUACUCCAUGGUGCGAGCGUCUCACGGAAUCCGGAAAGGAGGCUGGUACUUUGAGAUCACAGUGGACGAAAUGCCUGCAGAGACAGCUGCGAGACUUGGUUGGUCACAACCUUUAGGCAAUCUCCAGGCACCCUUGGGCUAUGAUAAGUUCAGUUACUCAUGGCGCAGCAAGAAAGGAACCAAGUUCCAUCAGUCAAUUGGCAAACACUACGCCAAAGGCUACGGGCAAGGGGACAUCCUUGGGUUUUAUCUCUACCUUCCGGAGGAUACUGAGGCUGCUCGGGCACUGCCAGACACUUACAAAGAUAAGGCUCUGAUUAAAUUCAAGAGUUACUUGUACUUUGAGGAGAAAGACUUUGUGGACAAGGCUGAGAAGAGCCUCAAGCCAGCGACAGGCAGCAAGAUGAUAUUUUAUAAGAAUGGAGAUAAUGAGGGAACUGCCUAUGAAAAUGUAUAUGCUGGUGUGUACCAUCCUGCAAUUUCUUUGUACAAGAACUGCACAGUGUCAAUCAACUUUGGGCCAAAUUUCAAGUAUCCUCCAAAAGACAUUCCAUUCAAACCAAUAAGUGACAUGGGCUGGUAUGCUGUGGUGGAGCACACACUGGCGGACAUCCUUUACCACGCCGAAGGAGAGGUCGAUGGCAGGCGAAGCCCACCAUGGGAGCCUUAAGUCCCUUUUAAUGGAGAGAUACCCUGGGACUUCAGAAGUAGCUGAAGAAAUUGUGGGCAACUAAGCUUAAUGGAAGUGAUACUUGAGCCAUGAACUGUCGUGAUGGGUUCACAACCUUGGAGUCAUGUCAGAACAAUUUCAAUGUACUUGGGUUUAGGUGAGCCAACCUGAUGUUAUUGCCAGCCAUCUCCAUGCACAUGUAAGUCAUGUGGUGUACAAUUGCCAAGUUCAGAUCUUGUACAUGAGCCCUUUCCCCACCCAACAAACCAGUCGCAAUUGUCUUGUGACAUGUGACUGGAGCCUCGUGAUGAUACAUUCCCCCUGUUGUGAUGCUGAAUCCUCAACAUGAGAUAAGUAACAAUGGCAUUUUCUCAGUAUUGAAUGGGUCCCUUGCUUUUACGUGCCUUGACUUGGUGACAUUGGCCUUUUAUUAGUAUAGAAGCUGCUGCUUCUUGGAAUCCUAACUAACGUACACCACUUUACUCACUACUGGAUAAAGGGGCACCGGGAGGACUGUAAACUUCAGUUCAGAUCUGUGUCAGAACAAGCAAGAUGAAGUGAUUAUGAGAGACCACACAACAUUUGCUAGGGUUGGGUUCCACAGCACUACAAAAGCUUUAUGUCUCUUUGUGGGAUGUGAAUGUGAUUUGGUGAAUGUGUAGGAAUGGCAGGUUCACAAUCAUAGGAAGAUGGCCUGACAAAGACCCAUCAGACCAAACAAGGAAGGCUAAAAGAAAUCUUGUAUUUUGAUACCAUUACCCUGUAAUAAAAGCUGGAAUUGA